GCAGCAGGGACAGGGAGGGAUAGGGAGAGAGAGACGUGAGAGAGUCGAGUCUAGUCACGACCGAGACGCGGCCGUGUCCUGUUAGUCUUGCGCCAACAGCCCGACCGAGUGGUACUACCCCACCCACUCUCUCUUUUCUUCUAUUCUCUUCUCUCUCUGAUUUGAUUUCAUUUCAUUUUGUAGAUUUUUAUUUCCAGUCGUAUUUGUUUUCUAUUUUUUAAAUCGUUUUCUUUCUUUUACGGGGUGCGUGCGACUUUUGUUUUGUUGUUUCUGUGUCAAAUCGGGGCCGGUCGUUUUGUGCUCCGCUGCGCUGCGCGUUUGUCUUUUAUUUUGGGCCGUUUCUCUCUGUGUGUGUGUGUCGGUGGUUCGGUUCGCACGCGACCAAUUCGGGACAAUUGCAAAAAAAAGAAGAUCGUCGUCGUGGAUCAUUGGGCCCGGAAUUGAUUGCAGCAUCCGACAGUUACGACACACGUGUGUCUCUGUGUGUGCGGAGGGGUGCCGAUGAGUCAGUUGGUGUGAGCCCCGUCCAUCCAGUUGUUGCCACACACACAGCACCACAGACAGGUGGGCAAGAAAUGACGCUCACCUCCGCCCAAGACAAAACCCCAACAACCGACACACAAACGCCCAAAUAGGAAACACUAAAACGACCGGCCCGGCCAUCCGAUCGGCCAUCCUUCCAUCGGAAAAAGUUAAAAGUAAGAACAAGUUUAAAAUUAAAAAACAAAUAAAAACGUGAGAAAAUGGCGAAAUCGUCGUCGUCGUCGAUGGAAAUGCAUUUCCGCUCGUCGCUUCGUGACGCGGCCAACAACAAGUCGCCGCCGUGCAAACUCCACCGCGGAUGCAGUGGCCACCUGCACGGCCAAGGAGUUUUAAAGGUCAAAUCCAAAGUUGAUCCGCCGCCCUGCCACAGGAGCCUGGCCGCCGCCAGAGACUCGAGAUCGUCCAGCCGUUCGCCCGUCUGUUACGACAGGGGAGUCGUCCCAGGCUACGACCUGCACCGCGGCUACAACAACCACCACAGCAGCCGGGAGACGGACGGCGGCGGCCGAAUGUCGUCCAAUUCCUACGCAUACAACAACCACAACAACAGCAGCAGCCGGGAGACGGACGACAGUUGCUACAACAGCAGCAGCGACGUCGAGUCGUCGCCCGUCAGGAAAAAGUCGAUGCUGGGACUGGGCAAAGUCCUGCCGGCCCCGGCCUCGGCCGAAUGCAAAUCGAUCCUGCCUCCGCGCUCACCGCCCAAAUUCCUGGCCUUUUCCAACCGCUCCCUGUCGUCGUCGACUUGCUCGUCGGACCAGUCGUCGUCGUCCAGGUACUCGGGCAGCACUCCCUCGCCCGGCAUCUACGACUACCCGUCGUACAGCAACCCGCUGCAGUGGCCGUUGGCUGCGGCCGCCUCGUCCGGCCUCUACCUGGAGGAGGUGAGCGAAGAACUGGACGACGACCUUGACCAAUGGUCGGACCACCAGCACAACAACAACAACAACAACAGGCGGCCGAGUCCUAGUCCGAGCCCGUGCUCCACUUUGGCCUCGUCCACUUACGAGUCUUCAAUAGAUCAAGGCCGUCGACUGGCAAUGUCACCGCACCAGCUGAGACACUCGACCCCCAAUCGGUCGCCAUACACGGAGAGAAAUCGCCCGUCCAAUUCCAGCAGCAACGGCCCAGCAACCACCACCACUAAGAAGGUGACGCCGUCAACGCUAAGGAGGUCGACCCUUAACAACAACAACAACAACAAUGGAUCGCACAACAAAGGAGUAACCAGCAGCAACGGCCUGGACAACGGCGUCGGUGGGAAGAAAAAAUCAGCCGAGAGAAUCGCAGCGACGCCGUUGAUGAAGAACAAACGGGUGGCCGAUUUGGCCAAAAGUGGCGGCCAGUCGUCGCCAUCGUCGAGAUGCUCGUCUCCUUCGCUGUCGCGACAAAACUCGGCCGGCAGCUCGUCCAGGAGUUCCUUGGUCAGCCAAAGGUCAACCCUGGACACUCUGCCGAAACGGCCGUCAUCGCUGACGGCGUCUGGCAAUCAGAAACAGCGGACGACGGUGGCGGCCAAACCCAAAUCUUCUUCAUCUUCGUCUGCGGCCAUUAAGAAAACGGGCGGCCCAAAUCGAAAUUCGGGAUCCAGCCAACAGCCGCCCACUCCCCAAGCCCAAAAGGAAGAGGAAUCGAAUGAGUCUGACCAGGAGGCCAAAUCGGAUGACGAAUUGACCAAAGAGAAGGAAUGGAUCGAGUCCGGCAGAGUUUGGCUCCAGCACAAGGACGGAUUCACCUCGGCCCGGCUCCAUCCCAUCGGCAACGGCGAGGAACCGGUCGAAGAGGAGGGACGGGUCCGGCUCAAGUUGGACGCCACCGGCGAACUCGUGUCGGUCGACGAGGACGAGGUCGUCAAAGCCAAUCCGCCGCAGUUCGACCUGGCCGAAGAUUUGGCCCAGCUGCGACACCUCAACGAGGCCUCGCUCCUCCACACGCUGCGCUGCCGCUACGCCGCCAGUUUACCGCACACCUACGCCGGCCAAAGUCUCGUUGUCAUCAAUCCCGUCACACCUCUGGCCGUCUACUCUGAACGGAUGAUCCAGCUGUUCCGCGGAUGCAAAGCCGAGGACAUGCCGCCGCACAUUUACUCGUCGGCCCAGUCGGCCUACCGUUCCAUGUUGGCCACUCGCUGCGACCAAUCGCUCAUCUUUGUCGGGCGCAGCGGGUCCGGCAAGUCGCACAACUUCCGCAAUUCCCUCCACUACCUCUGCCUGGCCGCCGGCUGCCCGUCCAAAAUCAUCACCGUCGAAAAGCUCAACUCCAUUUUCCUACUGCUGGAAGCCUUCGGCAACUGCCGCACGGCCCUCAACACCAACGCCACCCGAUUCACCAACAUCUUUUCCCUGGACUUUGACCAGUCGGGACAAAUUGCGGCCGCAUCCAUCCAGGUGCUGAUGCCGGAGCGGGAGCGAGUCACACGCCGGCCCGAUGGCGAACCUUCGUUCAACGUCUUUUACGAGCUGGUGGCCGGCGCCACGGGCGAGCUCAGACGCUACUUGCAGCUGGACAGCGUCAGCGGUGGCGGAGGGCCUAACGCCGAGCCGUGCGCCUACAUGACGCCGCUGCAGUCGGCCGAAGAUCGCCAAAAGGCGGCCGUCAGUUACGCCCGUCUCGUCGCAGCUCUGGAAUCUUUGGGCGUCGCCGAAACCGAUAGUCGAUGCAUCUGGUCCAUCUUGGCUGCCAUCUACCAUCUGGGUGUGGCCGGAGCCAUGCGAGGUGUUAGCAACAACAAGAUCGUUUUCGCCCGACCGGCUGCCGCCCAGCGGGCCGCCAUCCUUUUGGGAAUCGGAUCCCUGGAAGAACUGGCCCAGUUGGCCUUUUACGCCACGCCCGUCCAGGGCGCCAUGAUGAACGGCCGCUCGUCUUUCCGCACAGGCUCGCCCGUCCACAACGCCGACGGCGCCAAAUUGUCGAUGGCCGACAAACACCUGGAUCCGUCCGAGGCCCUGGAAGGUUUCGCCCAGGGUCUCUACGUCGAGGCCUUUAGCGCUUUGGUGGCCCUCAUCAACCGGUCCAUCUCGUCGACGGCGCGGACCAUCAGCUCCAUCGUGGCCGUCGACACUCCUGGAUUCCAGAAUCCGGCCACCACCACCACCUCGACAACGUCGUCGAAGGCGGCCACUUUCCAGGACCUGUGCCACAACUACACGCAGGAGCGCCUGCAGCUGCUCUUCCACGACACGCACAUCACGGCCCAGCUCAACCGCUACGCUCAAGAGCACAUCGACAUCACCCUGGAAGGCGGAACCGGAGAGGAGGAAAUGCCCUCGCCCGAGCCGCUGGUCGACCUCCUGGACAGGGCGCCGCAGAGCGCCGUCGCCCGCGCCCAAUCGGCCACCAAUUUGCGCGACGUUGAGCGACGAGGUUUCCUCUGGCUCCUGGACGACGAGGCCCUGGUCAGCACCACCAGCGAAGACGAACUGCUGGACAAACUGUCGGCCAUGUACAACGACCGGGUCUUUGAGAAACUCUUUACUCGGCCGGAAGGGACCGACUCCCGGAAGCAGUUGAUGAUCCACCACGGCCAGGGGACCAACAGCGUCCUGUACGACCUGGACGGCUGGCUGAAAUCGGCCCGCGAGAUGCCGACCACCCGCAACGCGGCCCUGGCCCUGACGGAGUCGACCAAGGAGGAAAUGGCGUCGCUGUUCCGCUCGUGUCGCGGCCCUCUGCCGACGACGGUCAGCGGCUCGGUGGCCGGCAUCGAAGGAAGCCAGUCACUGCGCAGGGCGUCGAGCAUCCGACGCACUUUCACCUCCGGCACGGCCGGCAUCAAGCGCAAAUCGCUGGCCCUCCAGUUGAAGUUUCAAGUGGACGGGCUGAUUGAGACGUUGCGACGGACCAAGGCUCGUUUCGUUUAUUGCUUUAUCCCCAACCACCGGGCCGGUUUGGUGGACCUGAGUUCAUCGACUUUCUCCGCCAACGACGACUCCCUUCAAGUGCCUCUGCUCCGCUCCCAGCUGCGCGGAUCUGAAUUGCUUCCAGCUAUCCGGUUGUACAGACAAGGCUAUCCGGAUUACAUGCCGCUUGGCGAAUUUGUUCGCCGCUUCAACGUGUUGGUGCCACCGGACGCAUUACCGGCCUCCCUCCUGACUGGACUCAACAGCUCGACGGCCAGCGAGAAACAAGCGGCCGAGAUUCUUUUGCUUCACAUCGACAUGGAACGUUCGUCUUACCGUCUCGGCCUCAGUCAGGUUUUCUUCCGGCCGGGUGUCUUGUCUCAACUGGAAGACCAGCGGGACGAGAAAAUCACGAACCGCGUCAUCAAAUUCCAGGCCCAAUGUCGCGGCUUCCUGGCCCGCAAACGCCUCAGCAAACUCAAGGUGCAAGAUGUUGCCAUCCGCUGCAUCCAGCGCAACGUGCGCAAACUGCAGGCCGUCCGAGUGUGGCCGUGGUGGCGCCUGAUGCUCCGCUUGUCUCCUCUGCUCAACGUUCACCGGACCGAAGAGGAGCUCAAAGCGAGAACGGAGGAAGCCGAGAGUCUGCGCAGUAGAGUCACCGCUCUUGAAAAAGAGCGAGCCGAUCUCAAAUACGUCGCCGAUCGACUUGAAACCAAGGUCAGCGAAUUGACUGCCGACUUGGCCGAGGAACACUCGACCGCAAUCUUGGCCACGGAACGUCUCGAAGCCGAAACGGCCCAACGGAUGAAGCUGGACAAGGAUUUCAGCGAGUUGGAAGCGAAAUUCCGCAAACUGUCUGGCGACCACGAGAAGAUGGAAAUGGAAGUGUUGCUGAACCGGUCGGCCGGCCUCAACGGCAGCGGCGGCGGUGGCAGCGAGUACAACAUGAUGAUGAGCGGAGCUGAAGACGACGAUGAGGAAGAUGACGGGCAGCCCAACGUGUUCCGUCAAAAGUGCGAGCGUCUGUCGCGGGAGUUGGAGCUGGCCAAGCAGCGACUGGCCCAGCAGCACGAGGACGACCUGGAGCAGACGGUGACGCUCAAGAAGCAGCUGGAGAAGAAACUCAACGACGCCUACGAGGAGGUGGAGGAGCAGCGCCAGGUGGUGGCCCAGUGGAAGCGCAAGUCGCAGCGGCUGGCCGCCGAGCUGAGCGACACGCGGCUCCUGCACGAAGACCAGACCAACCGCAACGCCGUCCUCGAGAAGAAGCAGCGCAAGUUCGACACGGAGUUGCAGCUCCUGCACGACGAGCUGCGUCAGGAGCGGGGCAACAAGGAGCGGGCCAUGAGGGAUCGCGACGCCGCCAUCACCGACAAACUCACCUCCGAACAGACACUCCAGAGUGUGCAGCUCGAUUUGGAGAUGAGGGGCGAACGGCUGGCAGCCCUCACCAAGGAAUUGGACGAAAUGACGACAGAAGGUCGAUCCGAUGCUGACAUGACCGCCCUCAGAAGAGCCAAACACGAACUCGAGAUGAAAGUCAAAGAUCAGGAGGAGGAACUUGACGAAUUGGCUGGCCAAGUCCAGUUGCUGGAGUCUGCCAGGCUGCGACUUGAAAUGGCCAUGGAGCAGAUGAGGAAGGAGAACAAGAAGGAGCUGGCCCAGAGGGAGGAGGAGAUGGAGGACACUCGCUGCAGUGCCCAGAAGAAAGUCAAAGCGUUGGAGGCCCAGUUGGAGAGUGAACAUGAGGAGAGAACACUACUGGUCAGGGAGAAGCACGAACUGGAACGCCAGCUGCUCUCCAUGGCCCAGCACGCGGCUCACGCAGCCGACGACGACACGAUCCACAAGCUGAAACGCGACCUGAAACGCACCAAAGCCUUGCUGAAAGACGCCCACAGCCAAUUGGAACGCUGCAGAUCCGAGACGCCCAGCAAAGUCCUGCUGAGGCAGUUGAAAAAUCAGCUGGAAGACUCGGAAUUCGCCCGCACGGCCGCAGUCAAGGGUCGCCAACACGCCGAGCAGGAAUUGCUCGAGGCCCAGCAGCAGCUGGACGAAGCGUUGAGACUGCGCGGUGAAACGGAAGACAAGUACUUGAGCUGCAACAGGGAGCGCAGCAAUUAUCAGAGUCAAGUGGAUGAUUUAGAAGUGGAGUUGAACGAAGUGAUGCGCAAGUACAAAGCUGCCGUGGCUCAACUCAGCGUUGACCAAAUCACCCUUCAGGAUCAGACUGCUCAACUGAUGACCCUGGAACACGAGAAAUCCACACUCAAGGAACAGGUGGCCGAACUGAGCGCCCGACUCGAGUGCCUGGAGAUUGACACAAAGUCGGUCCAUACCCAGAAACGUAUGGAAUUGAAAGUCAAGGAACUGGAAUCGAGAGUCGAACUGGAGCAGACGUCCAAGUCACGAUUGGAGACGCAAGUGUCACGACUGAAGGAGAUGUUGGAUAAGAGCAACCUGGAAUUGGAUUCGCUGCGCUGCAAGGAGCAACUGUCGCAGGAGAGUAGCAAACGCCUGCAGCGGCAGUUGCGUGACGUUCGCGAGGAGUUGACGGGGUCGGAGCAGAGAGACGCCGACACGUCGCAGCAAUUGCGGGAAUUUGAGCAACGCAUCGAACUGCUGGAAUCGGAGAACGCCACGCUGGUCAAGGAUUUGUCGCUGGCCCUGCGCCGCAUCGAAGACCUCCAGGUCGCCAUGCAAGGCGAAAUGGACACUUCCGAUUCGGAUCAAGACCCCCAUUCUGUCGACAGCGACAGCGAUGACGAUUCAGACACGUCGUUCCACACAUUCCUCAGUCAACGCAAGUACGGCAGUACUUCCGGUGUCAGUUCGGCCUCGGAUGCCCGCCGCCAGUCGCCUACAGGUCUCGACAGUCCGUCCAGUAGUCGCGUUGAUUUGACGUCGUCGCUAGAUAAACCAGAAGACGAAUCUGUGGCGUAAACAAAUGGGAAAAAGAGCGUCGCAUCGGCCACAUUUACCCGUAUAAUAUAAUAAUUAUAAUAUUAUGGAAUAAUUUAGUUAUUUACUUUCCCUCCUUGUUUCCCCCCCUCCUCACUAUCCUUUCCACCUUAACUGCCUUUUUUCAACUAGCGUCACUACGUGUGUAUAUAUAAUUAAUUAAUUAUCGAUGGGACAACUCGUUCUUCUCUUUAUCCACCAUCCGCCUUGAUUAGCUUCAUCGUUGAUAGAUUAACCUUGUUGGUCUUGUCGCCAUUUUCUCUUCUAAUUUUUCCCUCCCUUUAUUUUUGUUUCCUCUUGCACCUUUGUUGCUCCAGUAUUCAGUUAUUAUUAUUAUUCAUUAUUCAACCAGCUGCCAAUCAGCAAUUCUGCCCCUUUCCUUCCCUAACCCAACACUUAUGAUUAUUUGAUCCGUGUAUGAUAGACAGACUUGCUCAUACAAAACAAAUUAAUAUAACGAAAUCCCCCAACCCCAAUCCCCCACCCCAUACAAAAGUAAGAAAAUAAAUCCCGAUUUUUUCUUUUAUACCCUCUUGUUGUUUCAACGGUACCAAGAAAAAGAAAUACAAACCAAUCUAAUAUUUGA